CUCUCCUUAAUCUGUCACACUGUCUCUCUCCCUCUUUCUGUGUUUAGUGUGGUGGACAUGGCGCCUCUCUCAACGCUGCUGCAGGCGGGGAUCCGGCUCAGGCUCCGCAGCCUCCCCAAGGCGUGUGUCUGUUAUUUCUCCACCGCCCCCCGCCGGCCCUCGCACUUCUACGCCAACUCCACUGACGCAGUGAAGGACAUUCCUGAUGGUGCUACCAUACUGGUUGGAGGUUUCGGCCUGUGUGGGAUCCCAGAGAACCUCAUCAACAGUUUACUGAAGAGCGGAGUGAAGAGACUGACCGCAGUCAGUAACAAUGCCGGGGUGGACGAUUUCGGGCUGGGUCUGCUGCUGAAGACGAAGCAGAUAAAGCGCAUGAUCUCGUCCUACGUGGGAGAGAAUGUGGAGUUUGAGAGGCAGUACCUGGCCGGAGAACUGGAGGUGGAGCUAACGCCACAGGGAACGCUGGCUGAGCGGAUCCGGGCCGGAGGGGCUGGAGUUCCGGCGUUCUUCACAGCCACAGGGUACGGCACGCUGAUCCAGGAGGGAGGAUCACCCAUUAAAUACAAUAAAGACGGCACCGUGGCCAUCGCCAGCGAACCCAGAGAGGUGAGGCAGUUUGGAGGCAGACACUUCGUUAUGGAGAAAGCCAUCACAGGAGACUUCGCUCUGGUUAAAGCCUGGAAGGCAGACAAAGCAGGAAACAUCAUCUUCAGGAAAACAGCCCGAAACUUUAACCAGCCGAUGUGUAAAGCAGCCAAGGUGACCAUCGUGGAGGUGGAGGAGAUCGUGGACGUCGGGACGUUUGCUGAGGAAGACAUUCACAUCCCCAGCGUUUACGUCCACCGCAUCGUUAAAGGAGAGAAUUACGAGAAACGCAUCGAGAGACGCACCAUCAGGAAGGUGCAGGCCGAGACCGCCAAGCCCAAGAAGGACGCAGACGUGGUGAGAGAGAGAAUCGUCCGCAGAGCUGCGCUGGAGUUUGAGGACGGCAUGUACGCUAAUUUGGGAAUUGGAAUUCCGAUGUUAGCCAGUAACUUCAUCAAACCCGACAUCUCUGUGUACCUUCAGAGUGAGAAUGGCAUUCUGGGACUGGGUCCGUAUCCCACUGAAGAGGAAGUGGACGCUGAUCUGAUCAAUGCAGGGAAAGAAACAGUGACGGUUCUUCCUGGAGCUUCGUACUUCUCCAGCGACGAGUCCUUCGCCAUGAUCCGCGGGGGCCACAUCAAUCUGACCAUGCUGGGGGCCAUGCAGGUGUCCAAGUACGGCGACCUGGCCAACUGGAUGAUCCCUGGUAAGAUGGUGAAGGGAAUGGGCGGAGCCAUGGACCUGGUGGCGAGCGCUGGGACAAAGGUGGUGGUGACCAUGGAGCACUCUGCAAAGGGAGGAAAAUACAAGAUCCUGGAGAAGUGCAGCCUGCCGCUGACCGGUAAAGGGUGCGUGGACCGCAUCAUCACAGAGAAGGCCGUCUUUGAUGUGGACAGGAACAAAGGCCUGACCCUGAUUGAAGUGUGGGAGGGGUUAACUCCAGAUGACAUUAGGAAGUGCACAGGCGCAGACUUUGAGGUCUCUCCUAAUUUAAAGCCAAUGCAGCAGAUCUGACGCUGGAGCCGAAACGCUCCGAUAUCUCCGGAAUUUCACUCAGAAGACGAGAAACAAUCAGCCAUCAAGCAACUUAACGCUCUUGCAGGAAAAUGCAGUGCAAUAAAUUUAACUUUGGUGAGUAAAACCAUCUUAAAUCUGGUCCAAAUAUCUAAUAUUUCUCAUUUUGAGAUUGUUGUAAGAAUAUUAUAAGAUUGUUUUGGUUAAAAGUCAUAAUUCAUUUCUAUUUGAUCAUUUUACAGCCUCUCUUUAUCCAAUUAAACAGACUGUUUUAAUUACUGUGCCUUUAAGACUAACAUAUUAUGUAAAUGAGCUCUGUUCUGAUUGGCUGCCUUGUUCAAAAAGCAGCCCAGACUGAAAGACUCUUUGUGAUUUCAGCAUGAAUGGGCGGGGCUAACCUGCUGUAGGCUGAAUGGGUGGAUAUAUGCAAAUGUGUUGGUUUUUGUGGCAUCACAAAGAUGGAAUUAAUAAACCGAAACAAAGAAAAUUCACUUUCAGUGAAACGGCCCUUUAAAAAAGGGUGAAAAUGGUCUAGACAAUCUAAAUAAUCUUAUAAUAUUCUUACAGUUAGUCAAAAUGAGAAAUAUUAGAUAUCUUGACUACAUUAAGAUGGUUUUAUUUGCCAGUGUCAUGUUGUUUUGCAGUGACCGAGAUCUACAUUACAUUAACGUCCAGAAUGUGUGGUUCUGAAUGUGUGUAUGAAGCUGAGCUCUGCAGUGAGACGAUCUGAAUACAGAGCAGAGCUAAAGGUCAGAGAGUGAUUACAGUGUCAGAGACUCAUCAGUAGAGCACACGGUAAACAUUGUGUCCAGAUAAACAGAUAAGGUUCAUUCUUCUCCAUGUUCAUUAUAAACCUGAAUCUCUUCCUCCUCGUCCGAUCGGUUCACUCAGAUUUCAGCCAGACUUUUAUGCAUGAAUCCAUUUUACACACCGGCAGCAGCAGCUUUUGAUUCCUCACUUACAUCAGCGCUUUAGUUCUGUUUUGUAAAUAAUAAAAGAUUUUGUGUCUCAUCAGA